AAAGAAAGAAAAGCACAUAGAGCUAGACAUCCAAGAAAAAGAAAGACAAUCAGAGAGAGAGAGAGAGAGAGAGAGAGAGAGAGAGAUUAUAGAAAAAUGCAGAGAUGGAGACAAAAGAAGACUCCAUUUCCUCUCUUUGCUCUUCUGUUCUGUGCUUUCAUUGUAGCUUCCAUCUUCUACACUGAAAGCAAUAGAGAAAUCCAAAUCCAAGUAGAGUCUCAAGCAUCUGUUACUGAUGUCACUUCCCAUGCCUUGUUCACUGCUUCUCUUCCCACCAACUUCUCCAAUCACUUUCCCAAGAGAUUGUAUUCAGAUAAGUUGGACUGGUCCAAAGCAUGUAGUUCGAGUCGAAACUACAGCAUCCACGACGGAUGGAUUUCUUCAAAGGGGAAACCAGAUCUAGAGAGUGGAAGCCCAACAAGGUGUGAUGUAUUUUCGGGAAGAUGGAUCAUUGACAAUGCUUCACAUCCGCUCUACAACGAGGGAGAUUGCCCAUAUAUGUCAGAUCAGUUAGCUUGCAGGAAACAUGGCAGGCCGGAUUCAAUGUACCAGAAGUGGAGGUGGCAACCUCAUGACUGUAACUUGAAGAGGUGGAAUGCAAUUGAAAUGCUGGAGAAAUUAAGAGGCAAAAGGUUGAUGUUUGUUGGUGAUUCUCUCGACAGAGGACAGUGGAUAUCCAUGGUUUGUUUGUUACAAUCAGCCAUCGGGAAUGGUAGCAAAUCCAUGUCACCCAAUGCCCGUCUCACCAUUUUCAGGGCAGAGGAAUACAAUGCUUCAGUUGAGUUUUACUGGGCUCCGCUUCUCGUGGAGUCAAAUUCCGACGAUCCAGUAAACCAUAGAAUGGCUGAUCGGAUUAUCCGGCCAGAUUCAGUUCUCAAGCAUGCAUCCGAGUGGGAAAAGGCAGAUAUACUGAUUUUUAAUACGUACCUAUGGUGGAGACAAGGGAAUAUAAAACUUCUAUGGAGCAGCGAUGAAGAUGGAGUUUGUGAAGAACUAGAUGGAUUGGGAGCCAUGAAGUUUGCUAUGGAAGCAUGGGCGGAUUGGGUGGAUUCCAAUGUGAAUCCCCUUGAAAAAAAGGUCUUCUUUGUCACCAUGUCUCCUACACAUCUUUGGAGUCGGGAGUGGCAGCCUGGGAGUGAUGGGAACUGCUUCGAUGAAAAGACUCCUAUCAACAUGGACGGUUAUUGGGGAAGUGGGUCCGAUGGGCCUACAAUGCGCAUGGUCGAGAGUGUUUUGGGCAGGUUAGAAUCGAAAGUUUCCAUUCUCAACAUUACUCAGCUCUCAGAGUAUCGGAAAGAUGGUCACCCGUCCAUCUACCGGAAAUUUUGGGAGACAUUGUCACCACAGCAGUUGUCGAAUCCGGUGAGCUACUCUGAUUGCAUCCAUUGGUGUUUGCCUGGUGUCCCUGAUGUUUGGAAUGAACUUCUCUUCCAUUUCUUGUAAACCAUUAACCACGUAUGUUAUAUUAAUGAAAGAUCCAUAGAUGUAAGUCCCAAAAUGGCACAUGUCAUGUGUGUGUGUGUGAGAUCUGGGCAGUUCAUCAGGUGGGCCCUUGUUGAAUGUCCCCUAAAUUCAGGCUGAUCAACUUGUCAUGCUAGCUUUGUGGAUGAGGUCUGAAUUUUGAUGUACAUGUAUGACACUCUUGAUAAAUGGCUAGUCCUGAUUUUUUGUUUUGAGUAUAUCCACUGUGGGACCAGCCUAACAAACGGCCGGGAUCUUGCACGUCGACAGGCACCCAUGUCUGGUUAUUGGU